ACAAAACAGGCAACUCUUUGACAGGCCGAGUGUAGAAGGGACAAGAACUUUCUGGAACGUAAGCCGCACAUUUCCAAUAUCUUAAAGUCAAGGCACCAGUGUAGUCGUUGAUACACCACCGUUGACAUAAACAAUUCACUAACAAUAAUGGCAGAGGUCGCCGCAUUGAAAGAUAAAGGAAACGCCGCUCUUUCUGAGAACAAACUCGAUGAGGCCAUAAAAUACUACACAGAGGCUAUCAAUUUAGAUGGCAAGAACCACGUUUUGUAUUCAAACAGGUCUGCUGCUUAUGCGAAAGCUAACAAGUACGAUUUAGCGCUUAAAGAUGCGGAAAAGGCGAUCGAAGUUAAGCCUGACUGGUCCAAAGGAUAUUCUAGAAAAGGCACAGCCCUUGCUUAUCUGGGAAGGCAUGAUGAGGCAAUUGAGACUUAUGAGAAAGGAUUAACAGUUGAUCCUAACAACCAACAAUUGAAGGAUGGUUUGAAUGAGGUGCGGAUGCAAAAGGCUCGAUCCACGAACCAGUUCCCCAAUCCAUUUAAGGGACCGGACGUAAUUCCCAAGUUGCGCAACGAUCCACGCACCAAAGCCUACUUCGACGAUCCCAGCUACUUGGUUCUGUUGAGCCAACUUCAGGAAAAUCCGAGCCUGAUGGGCCAACAGCUUCAAGACCCCAGAGUGUUGACCACUCUAAGUGUGUUGCUGGGCCUUGACGGUCAGGACGAACCGAUGGACACCUCAGAGCCGGUUUACACUCCACCCCCUCCAAAAAAACCGGAACCGAAGCCGGAGCCCAAAAAGGAACCAGAGCCAGAACUGCCUGAAAACAAGAAGAAAGCUAAGGAGGCAAAGGAAUUGGGUAACUCGUUUUACAAGAAGAAGGAAUUUGAUAGUGCUAUUAAACAUUACAAACAGGCCAUUGAACAUGAUCCUACUGAUAUUACUUUUUACAAUAACUUAGCUGCCGUAUAUUUUGAACAGAAAGAGUAUGAAAAAUGUAUCCAGGAAUGUGAGAAGGGCAUAGAAAUUGGAAGGGAAAACCGUGCUGAUUUUAAAUUGAUAGCUAAAUCGUUAAUGAGAAUUGGUAAUGCCUAUAAGAAAAUGAAAAAUUACACUACUGCUAAAACUUAUUACGAAAAAUCGCUAUCGGAACACAGAACACCUGAAAUUAAAACCUUAUUGUCUGAUGUUGAGAAAAUUAUCAAGGAAGAAGAGAAAAAGGCUUAUAUCAAUCCAGAAUUAGCUGCUAAAGAAAAGGAAAUUGGAAACGAAUAUUUCAAGAAAGGAGACUACGCCACUGCCGUUAAGCAUUACACAGAAGCAAUUAAACGAAAUCCAGAUGACGCCAAACUCUACAGUAACAGAGCGGCGUGCUACACCAAAUUAGCUGCCUUCGAUCUAGGUCUUAAAGACUGUGACAAAUGUGUAGAAUUGGAACCUACAUUUAUUAAGGGCUGGGUCAGAAAAGGUCAUAUUCUUCAGGGUAUGCAACAGUCCAGCAAAGCAAUUUCCGCAUUCCAAAAAGCCCUGGAGAUUGAUCCAAACAAUGCAGAAGCUUUACAAGGAUACAGAGCAUGUACCAUUGAAAAUUCAAAUGCUGGAGGUGAUCCAGAGAAAAUAAGACAGAGAGCAAUGAACGAUCCGGAGGUACAAUCUAUCUUGAGAGAUCCGGCGAUGAGGCUUAUCUUGGAGCAGAUGCAAAAUGAUCCCAGAGCACUACAAGACCAUCUUAAAAAUCCAGACAUCGCCGCUAAGAUACAAAAACUACUAGAGUCUGGUCUUAUUGCUAUUCAUUAGGUUAAUUAAUUCUUUUGUAUUUAUAGUUACUCCACUCUAUUCAUUUUUUAUUAGUGGUUUAUAAUAAACUAAAGGCUUCUGUUUAACAAAA